GAGAAUCUAUUUUAUAACAUGGCUGCAAGGAAGAAGACACUACAAAAUUCUUUGGAUGAUUACUCAAAGAUAGUAAACGUUGUCAGUCGGUUUGCGAUUCAUCAUACGAAUGUCAGUUUCUCUUGCAGAAAGCACGGAGCUGUUAAAGCAGAUGUUCACACCAUGGCCACAUCUUCAACACUCGAUUCCAUCAGAACAGUUUAUGGGGUCUCAGCUGCUCGCAAUCUGGUUGAAGUUAAAGCUUCAGACGAUGCUCCGUCUUCUUCAGUUUUUGAGCUGAAUGGUUAUGUGUCUAAUGCUAACUAUGCUGCCAAGAAAACCACUAUGGUGCUUUUCAUAAAUGAUAGCCUGGUUGAGUGGUUUGCGAUGAAGCGAGCUAUAGAAAUUGUUUAUGCAGCGACACUACCUAAAGCAUCUAAGCCUUUUAUAUAUAUUUCAAUUGUUUUACCACCUGAGAAUAUUGAUGUCAAUGUGCAUCCAACAAAGAGAGAGGUGAGCCUAUUAAAUCAAGAAGUUAUCAUUGAGAAGAUACAAUUGGUGAUUGAAGCAACAUUGAGAAGUUCCAAUGAAGCACGGACAUUUCAAGAUCAAACAGCUGGACAAUCUUCUAUUUCUCGUAUCAAUAAGAGCAAGGAGGAUAAUCCCAGCCCUACCCCACCAGGCUCAAGAGCACCAAAAGCGCCAGUGAAUAAGUUCAUUAGAACAGAUUCAUUAGAUCCUGCAGGAAGAUUACAUGCCUACAUGCAAGUUAUGCCUAGUGGACAACUAGAAAAGAAUGUCACAUUGAGUGCAGUAAGGUCCUCAAUUAGACAAAGAAGGAUCCAAAAAAAUUCUAUAGAACUCACUAGUGUAGAAGAGCUUCUUGAAGAGAUCAAUAAGACCUAUGACCCUGGAAUAUUGGAGAUUGUAAAGCACUGUACAUAUGUUGGAAUGGAAGAUGAUAUUUUUGCUUUGCUUCAGCAUAAAACUCAUCUUUAUCUUGCAAAUGUUGUAAACUUGAGCAAAGAGAGUAUGUAUCAGCAAGUUCUGAGCCGUUUUGGCCAUUUCAAUGCCAUCCAGCUUAGUGAUCCAGCCCCCGUGAAAGACGUGAUUAUAUUGGCACUGAAGGAAAAUUCAGAAAGUAAUGAUGAUGACACAUUUAAAGAGAAGAUCGCAGAAAUGAACACAGAUCUGCUGAAACAAAAGGUUGCAAUGCUAGAGGAAUAUUUUGGUAUUAAUAUUGAUGAUCAUGGAAAUAUCUCUAGACUUCAUGUGAUACUUGAUCAGUAUACUCCUGCUUUCUGA